UUCGACAGUCCGACAGAGAGACUGUUCCGAUGAUGAGCCUUCCCGCUCUUUCAUGCCUCCUCUCAACUGAAGUCCGUCAUCCCCUGAAUUCGCCGCCACCCCAACCACCUCCCUCCUCCGCCCUCCACCGCCACCUAUAUCAGACCCAACCCGCUCACUUGUCCUCCGACAAUGCUAACACAUCGCAGUCCAUCUCCUUCACGAUAUCCGACAAGAACCCCACAGUCGUCUCAUGGACUUCUUCCAUCUCCCGCCAAUGCCGGCAGGGGCAACUAUCUCAAGCAAUCUCCACCUUCUCCCACAUGCUCCGUUCCGGCGUGGACCCUAAUGAUAUCACCAUCACCACCCUUCUUUCGGGCUGCGCUGAUUUCCCGGACGAAGCCGGGUCCCUUGGAGCUUCGGUACAUGGACUCGCCCUGAAGACGGCAAUGGCCAGAGGCAGCGUGAUGGUCGGUACAGCGGUCAUUGACAUGUAUGCCAAGCGCGGCGAUGUGGGGUCCGCCCGGAUGGCGUUCGACCGCAUGGGUGGGAGGAAUCCCUUCACCUGGAACACCAUGAUCGACGGAUACAUGAGGAACAGAGAGAUUGGCCCUGCUCUUGAACUGUUCGACGAAAUGCCUCAUAGAGACGCGAUUUCGUGGACUGUGUUGAUUAACGGGUUCAUCAAAGGAGGUUACUUUGAUGAGGCCCUAGACUUCUUUUCCCAAAUGCAGCUCUCAGGGGUCAAGCCUGAUUACGUCACGAUCAUCUCGGUGCUUGCUGCGUGUGCGAAUUUGGGAUCACUAGGUUUGGGCCUGUGGGUCAAUCGACUUAUUAUAAGCAAGCACUUCAGGGACAAUGUUAGAGUGUGCAAUGCACUGAUAGACAUGUAUUGCAGAUGCGGAUGUGUCGACUUAGCGAGGCAGGUGUUUCAGAAGAUGCCAGAGAGGACUGUUGUGUCGUGGAACUCGAUUAUUGUGGGAUCCGCAGCCAACGGUCAUGCUGAGCUGGCCCUGGAGUUCUUCAAGAGCAUGCAGGCGGAAGGCUUCCAGCCGGACGGUGUCACUUUCACUGGGGCUCUCACUGCCUGUAGCCAUGCUGGGUUAGUGAAGGAGGGGCUUCAGUACUUCGACACUAUGAAGCGGGUGCAUCGGAUCAGGCCGAGAAUCGAGCAUUUUGGGUGCUUGGUUGAUCUUUAUAGCCGAGCAGGGAGGCUGGAAGAUGCCUUGAGGGUGAUAGAAACCAUGCCUGUGAAACCAAACGAGGUCAUUUUGGGAUCUUUACUAGCUGCUUGCCGAACCCAUGAGGAUGUCAAUUUAGCCGAGAAGUUAAUGAAGUACCUCGUCGAUGUAGACCCUGACAGCGAUUCCAACUACGUGCUGCUUUCAAACAUAUAUGCUGCGGUUGGAGAGUGGGAUGGGGCAAACAAGAUUAGGAGGAAGAUGAAAUCUCGGGGUAUACAGAAGAAACCUGGGUUCAGUUCGCUUGAGGUUAGUUGUACCACUCACGAGUUUGUGUCAUGCGAUAAGUCGCACCCUGACUCAGAGCAAAUAUAUGCAAUGCUGGAUUUUUUGUCAUCCGAACUGAGGGUUCACGGGUAUGUUCCUGAAGCCGUGGAGCUGGCGUUGUACGAGAAUGAUUGAUGAAAUUUGCCAGUAAUUCAGAGGAGGAAACCUACUUCUCCUUUGUCAGCCAGCGUUUUCAUAUAGAGCGGAAUUAUGGUUUCAUGCGGUUGAGGAAUGAUAUUGAAGCGAAUGAAUGGACUGUAAAGCAGAAACUAUGCCCACAUUCACAUUAUGAAACUA